AUGCAAUCGAGCUCCCCUGCUCCGCGAGGGUCCCCAAACACUGAGACUGUCGUGGUAGCGGAAAACCAUAUCAACUUUGCUUCUCAUCCCUACGAAUAUGAUCUGAUCGUCAUCGGCGGAGGGUCGGGAGGCCUUGCAUGCUCGAAGCAGGCGGCCAGCCAUGGCGCAAAGGUAGCGGUGUGCGACUAUGUGGACCCGACGCCCAAGGGGACGUCAUGGGGACUGGGAGGAACGUGUGUCAACGUUGGCUGCAUCCCCAAGAAGCUGAUGCAUCGAGCGGGGCUGAUCCACGAGGCGAUCUUGGACGCGAAGAGCUUCGGGUUUGCAUGCCCCGACGAUGUCCAACACUCAUGGGAGACGCUUGUCGACAACGUCCAGAACUACAUCGGAAGCUUGAACUUCGGAUACAGGAACGAGCUGAGGUCAGCAAACGUCGAGUAUUGGAACAGCAAAGCUCGCUUCAUAGAUGCCCACACCGUCGAACUCAGGGAUGCCCAAGGGCGAAUCGAGAAGAAGACAGCAGCAGCAUUUGUGAUCUCGGUGGGAGGCAGACCCAAGUAUCUUGAUGUUGAAGGAGACAGGGAGUGUUGCGUAACGAGUGACGACUUGUUCUCUCUCAAGGAACCGCCAGGCCGAACUCUCGUGGUCGGAGCCUCCUACGUAGCUCUUGAGUGUGCCGGCUUCUUGCACGCCAUCGGAUUCUCUUCCACAGUCAUGAUGCGGUCGAUUCCGCUGCGCGGGUUCGACCAGCAGUGUGCGCAGCUUGUAGUGGACUACAUGCAGAAGGACGGGGUUGACAUCUGGCGGGGAUGCCUGCCCAAGAAGUUCGAGAGGGUUGGCAAGCAGGUGAAAGUCCAUUACACCGAUGACAAGGGCGAGAUGAAGCAGGACGUGUUCGAUACAGUCCUCCUCGCCAUUGGCAGGUACGCGCUAACGAAGCAGCUGGACCUCGACAAAGCGGGCGUGAAGGUCGAGAGCAAGUCUGAGAAGAUCGUCGGGGUCGGGGAGGGUAUCGGAGACACAGAGCAGACGACUUGCGAGCACAUCUUUGCCAUCGGGGACGUACUUGACGGUCGUCCUGAGCUUACUCCCGUUGCCAUCCAGGCUGGUCAGCUCCUUGCUGAUCGUCUGUUCGGCAACUCAAGAAGGAAGAUGGACUACCUUGGCGUCCCCACGACAGUCUUCACCCCUCUCGAGGCAUCUUGUCCUGCGGGCGGCGAGGAGGAGGCGAUCAAGACCUACGGCAAGGACAAGAUCGAAGUCUACCACAACCUCUAUAGGCCGCUCGAGUGGGCGCUCCCAAUGAUGGAGUUGCAGCCAAGGGCGGCGCGCAAGGAGACAGCAUGCUUCCUCAAGGUGAUCGUGCUCCCCUCCGAGCAGGAGCGGAUCAUCGGCAUGCACAUCGUCGGGGACAACGCAGGAGAGAUCAUCCAGGGCUUCGCGCUGGCGGUCAAGCUGAGGGCGUGCAAGAGGGACCUCGACGAGCUCGUCGGCAUCCAUCCCACCAGCGCUGAGUCCUUCACGACGCUGAGCGUGACCAAGAGCUCAGGCAAGAAGGUGAAGCUCUCGGGCUGCUGA